AUGGUCAACGGCCUGGCUGGACAAUGCAACGAAGGUUUACGAUUCCUGCCACUCAUCGACAGCAGGAUGCGGGAUGCGAACGCAUCAUUUGCGAUUGCCUUUGCACUUCAGUCUUAUUCUGUUCUCCAAACAGCACAGUGCUUUUAUUUAGUCGCUCCUCUCCCCCCGGAACGAAGUAUCAUCCUUAAUAAACUAGUGAACUUUAGGCAUACGAGUCGCGACAAGGAAUUGAUCUGCAAAAAGGUUCAUAAUUGUCAUUGUAUUCACAGUGCUCAUCAUUCAUGUGCUUCUCUGCCCACUCCUUCACCAAAAGCAAUGUGCUUGAAUGCACAAAUGGCACGGAUAUUGGACGUUGAUCUGCUGGAUCCACAUUGAUGUUCUGCUCCAUGUACUUCUUGAGUUGCUUUGAGCAUUUGGCAAUUGGCUCAUCCAUCACGAUUUCUUCAAAGUCUUCCGAUACUAAAAAGACUUUCUGCAUUUUUAUGCUUUAAUUCUUUUUCGGUUUUUCUUUUUUUUUUUGAAAAAAAAUUUGAUGUUCUCCGUUUGAAACACAAAAAUUUGCUGUAUUAGUCUUAAAAUGUACCGUAUUGAUAUAUUGUAACAUACUGAAAUAUCGGAAUAUACAAAAUAUACCAGAUUAGUGGAC